AUGGCUGUAUAUGGCUCCCGACCACAAGAGUUCGACUCUGGCGCAGAGCAGCCCUCGACAACGACCGUUCCUGCUCUGAACGCCGAAAAAAAGAACACGCUGUUUCAACGUGUUAUUGGAAUAUACCUUGACGACGGCGAAGUUGGCAUUUUCUGCCUUUUGUUCUCUCUCUCUCUCUCUCUCUCUCUCUCUCUCUCUCUCUCUCUCUCUCUCUCUCUCUCUCUCUCUCUCUCUCUCUCUCUCUCUCUCUCUCUCUCUCUCUCUCUCUCUCUCGCUCUCUCUCUCUCUCGCUCUCUCUCUCACCUCAUGGAUCUGCUCUGA